AUGCCCAGUGCUAAUAUCGACUAUUCAGAGGCCAGUCGUGCCUUGGGAGUGGCCAACGACAUACCUGCAAGUCCGUAUGUGCUCUCAACGCCAUUUGGGCUUUCAAUUUUGGAAAUCCAGGGCCAAUUGGUGCUUCCAAGCUCGGCACCAGAAACAGAAUCAGACACCGCCGUGGAAGGCGGAAAUACUUUUGUAAAGGUGGAAAGUGUAGAUCAGAAAUUGGUUCGUGCGGUUCGCGAUGCGGUCCAAUUUGGCAAGUUGUCUUUCGAUGAAAAGGAUCCCUCAAAAGUGGUACUUUUUAUCGGAACAUCACAAAGAUUAAAUGGCGUGGUGGAAACGUUACGAGAACCAUUGGCUGUUUUAAAAGUGCCUAGUCAGGAUGGCGAUACAGACAUACGAAUGGUGGACAUUAUUUAUAAAAAGAUCAUAUUCAAACAUAGACCGCUCCCAAUCAUGUGA